UUACCUGCUACAGCUGAGGAAUGAACCUGGCUACGGAACCGGAUGAGGAUGGGCAUGCACUGGCAUAGGAUCAGACUAUCGGAGACGGUGACGUGAGAAGGCGUAGCUCCAGGGACAUGGGCCAGAUCCAGAUGGGAAAGCAAAGGAGAUCGAUCGAUCGACGGAAGAAGAGAUAAGCGGGUAAAGGAAGCCUGACAGAGAAAGAGGGUGUGAUUCGGAGAAGAUAUCCACUAAUAAGUGGAGUGCAGAGAGAGAGAGAGAGACAAACCAAAGGUUCUCUUUCUCUCUCUACCUCCUGAUUCCUCGCAGAGACCCUCCACAAGCGUCCAUUACCCAAAAGAAUUAUUCUCUCCAAUUCCUACGUUAGCGUGUCCCCGGCCCCGGGUCCUCUCGCUCUCUAUAAAGCAAACUGCAAACCUGAAACCAGGCGUGGUAGUAGCUGGUAGUUGAUCACCUGCAACUGCGAGCACCAGCGAUCGAGAGCCAGGAAACACCAGCAGCUAGUUUCAGUUUCCAUCUAUGCAAGAUUGGAGCAUGGAGCAAAUGGACGAGGCGUCGGUGAACGAGCAGACCGCGGAGCAGCAGCCCAUGGCCGGCGGCGAGCAGGCAAAGAGGGGCGACGGCGCCGCCACCAUGGCGUGGCUGGACCUCACGCUGGCCGUGAAAGCCUCGCCUGCUGAUGAGUUAUUUGCGGCUCCGGCGGCAGCGACGGACGGGUACUCCUCGUCCUCGGACGGCGAGCCGGCCAAGCCUGCUUCUUCACCUUCUCCGUCUGCCGCUGCCGCCGCCGCCGCCGCGCCACACAAGGUGUUCUCGUGCAACUUCUGCAUGCGCAAGUUCUUCAGCUCGCAGGCGCUGGGCGGGCACCAGAACGCGCACAAGCGGGAGCGCAGCGCCGCCAAGCGCUCCACGUCGUCGGCGUCGGCCUACCACCACCUCCACGCGCAGAGGAUGAUCAUGGCCGGCCUGCCGCUCGAGGCGCACGCCGCGUUCGUGCACGCCGCCCUGCGCGUCAGCCCGUCGAGCUCGGCCAUCCACAAGGCCAGCCAGGAGCUCGCCGCGGCGCGGGCCGCCGCCGCCGCCGCCGGGGGCACGGCGCCCAGGUUCCACGACGGCGACAGCGCCGCCACUCCGUGGGCGCAGCUCCUGUACGAGGAGCCGGUCAGCUCGACGUGGCCGGGGAGCUUCCGGAUGAGAGCGCAGCCUGAGCCGCCGAGCUCGGAGCAGCAGCCACCGGAGCAGAGUAAGAAGAUAGACUUGGACCUCAGGCUGUGAAAGAUCCUAGUGGAUGCAUGUAGAAGAGCUAGCAACCUGUACUUUGAUUUUUAAUUAAUUUGACCAGUAUAUAAUUAAUUACGAAGUGUUUAAUUCCUCAAGAUGUUCUAGUUUCUGAAUAACGAAUCGUUCAAGAAUUGAUCUGUUCAGUCUGCAUCUUCAGAUAUCAAAUAUCAUCGAUGAGGCAUGCAGGCAGUAAUUUUCCGAA